CUUCACUGCUCCUUCAAGAACGUUACAGAUGAAGUCAUCUCCAGGCUAAACUCUGUCAGAACUGGAGAGCAGCUCGUUUUAUUUCACUGAAUGGAGCCAUGAAGAGUCACCGGGGUCCAUGCGAGGGACAGGAUGCCUGAGAGCCAGAGGGCUCCGAGCUUCAGCCGGGAGACCCGAGGUGAUCGCUGGAUCCACGGCGGAUGACAACAUGAAGCUUUCCUUGCGCUGUCCAGCACACAGGCAGGUGUGGUCGGUGCUUAUUGUUUUGGCUUUGCUGGUUUUGGUGAUAUCCUCCCUGCUGCUGAUGCAGACGAGGACAGAGGAACCAUUUCAGUUUCAUGUCAACUCUGCACAUAAACAGCUGGUGCAUGAGAACGCACGGCGAGUUCUGGAGGGCGGGUGCCGCCCCAGAGGCAGCAGAGAGAAGCUGCUCGCUCUGUUCCCGUCUGCCAGUGGCGCCGUCCAGCCCUUCCUGUGGAGGGACCAGCCGAUCCCCGCCCGGCUCUUCCUCUACCCACCGCCGUUUGGCUUCAAAGGGUUUAAAGGCAAAGUAGAGAACCUGCUGACGCUGCUGCCAGCGGCCCACCCUGACCCGGGACCGGAGGAGGCUUCCAGGAAGUGUCGCCGCUGUGUGGUGGUGGGGAACGGGGGCGUGCUGAAGGGCCUGGAGCUCGGUCAGCAGAUCGACCGUUUCCACACCGUAAUCAGGUUGAACAGCGGCCCUCUGGGAAAGCACACGGGCGACGUGGGGAAUCGAACCAGCAUCAGGAUGAGUUAUCCCGAGGGCACGCCCCUCCGCUGGGCGGACACAGACCCUCAUUCCGUGUUCGUGGCUGUGAUCUACAAAGGCGUUGACCUCAGCUGGAUCUCAGGCAUGAUCAGGAAGCUCGGCGUGACGUUUUGGGACUGGUUCUUCUUCUGGCAGAGGGUUCCACAGGAAAUUCCUCUAGAUCCCUCAAGGUUCCGACUUCUGAAUCCCGACGUCCUCAGGCAGACUGCCUUGGACUUCCUGGAAUACCCUAAACCCAGGUGGCGCCUGUGGGGCUGGGACCAGAAUGUUCCGACGCUGGGCGUGACCGCACUGAGCUUAGCCAGCCUGCUGUGUGACGAGGUCAGCCUGGCGGGAUUCGGCUACAACCUGUCCCAGCAGGGGGCGCCGCUGCACUACUACGACAGCCUGCCCACGAGCCUCAUGCAGCAGCAGAACAUGCACAACGUGGACAAAGAAACUCAGUUCCUGCACAGACUGGUGAGAGAGGGGGUCGUUAGCGACCUGACCGGAGGAAUCCACUGCUCCUUCUGCUCCAGCUGACCCCAUCCUGAAGGUAUUUCACUGCACUUUCACUUUGCUGAAAUGCACGAGCAUAGGACAAAGAAGAACUAAGAGAUUUUAUGGUAUUAUGGUCAUAAUUUAUACUUCCAUUUCAGAUUUCCUGACAGAUAUUUGAAGCAUAAUUUCAGAUAAUUUAUUUUUAUGUUGUGAAAGCUGUUCGCCAUUCAAAUAUUGCAAUUUUCAGGUGUGUGAGAACACACAUGAAAGGUUUUAUUUUGUUUUUAAUAAACAGAGUUAUUUGUUGUUAAA